CGCCGUCGGCUUCCCCCGUCGCCGUCCGUCCGGUCCUCCGCCCUCCGCCCUCCGCCAUGGCCGGCGAAGGCUUCCCGAGCUUCCGGCUGGGGCCGCGGCCGCUGGGCUCCUCGCCGUGGUGGGAUCAGCAAGAUGACUUUCACACCGCCUUCCUGGAGCACUUGGCCAAGUUCGUGCCGGACAUUUAUUUUGCCGAAAUGGACCCGCUGCCGGAGAAGCAGGAGGAGCUUGCCCAGAAGUUUCUGCUGACUCCACUGGAGUGGUCUCUGUUUGGAGACGAUCCAGCCGCUUGCCUGGAGAGACUGAAGCAGAACGGAGCGUUUCAGCUGUGCGGAAAGGUUUUCAAAGCGGGUGAGACGACUUACUCCUGCAGGGACUGUGCGAUUGAUCUAACGUGUGUCCUCUGCAUGGAUUGCUUCCAGAACAGCGUUCACAGAAACCACCAUUACAAGAUGCACACUUCCACAGGAGGAGGGUUCUGCGACUGCGGGGACACGGAAGCCUGGAAGACCGGUCCCUUCUGUGCGAGCCACGAGCCCGGGGCAUCCGGCACCGCCAAAGAGACCCCGCGCUGCCAGCUGAACGAGGAUGUCCUCGCCCAGGCCAGGAAGAUCUUCUCUUCCGUAGUGAAGUACAUUGUGGAAAUGACUAUCUGGAAUGAACAACAGGAGCUGUCGCCUCUUCUCCGGACCAGGGAAAGAACGUCGAGGUAUUACUGCGUCCUCUUCAAUGACGAACACCAUUCCUACGACCACGUCAUCUACAGUUUACAGCGAGCCCUCGGCUGUGACCGUUCGGAGGCCCAGUUACACACGGCGGCCAUUGAUAAGGAGGGUCGCCGGGCUGUCAAGGUGGGUCCUUACGCUCCGUGUCAAGAAGCGAGGGAAGAUAUAAAGAGGCAUUCGGAGAACGUCUCCCAGCAUCCCCUCCACGUGGAGGUCCUGCAUGCCGACGUCAUGGCCCACCAGAGGUUCGCUCUGCGUCUCGGCUCCUGGUUGAACGGGCUCAUGAGUUAUUCAAGUGACUUCCGACAGAUGUUCUGUCAGGCCUGCCUCAGGGAGGAUGUCGGUUCGGAGGGCCCUUGCCCCAUAAGCAAGCUCAUGCUCUGGGACGCCAAGCUCUAUAAAGGUGCACGCAAGAUCCUUCAUGAGCUGAUCUUCGGCAGUUUCUUCAUGGAAAUGGAGUACAAAAAAAUUUUUGCGAUGGAAUUCGUGAAGCACUAUAAGCAACUGCAGAAAGAGUACGUCAGCGACGACCACGACAGAAGCAUCUCCGUGACGGCCCUGUCCGUUCAGAUAUUUACCGUCCCUACCCUGGCCCGGCAGCUCAUCGAGGAGCAAAACGUCAUCUCCGUCAUCGCCGAGACCCUCCUGGAGGUUCUACCCGAGUAUUUGGACAAGAAUGGCAAAUUCAACUUCCAGGGAUACAGCCAAGACAAGCUGGGAAGAGUGUACGCGAUUAUCUGCGACCUCAAGUACAUACUGAUCAGCAGACCCGCAGAAUGGACCGACCGAUUGAGGAUUCAGUUUCUACAAGGCUUUCGCUCUUUCCUGAAGAUUCUCACGUGCAUGCAGGGGAUGGAAGAGAUCAGAAGGCAGGUCGGACAGCACAUCGAAGUGGAUCCGGACUGGGAGGCCGCCAUCGCCAUCCAGAUGCAGCUGAAGAACAUCCUCCUCAUGUUCCAGGAGUGGUGCGCCUGUGACGAGCGGGUCCUGUUGGAGGCCUACGGGGCGUGCCACGAGGCCGUCACGAAAUGUAACCCCGUCAGCUUUUCGGGAGACGGGGCGGUCGUCCACCUGUGCGGCCACACUCUGGAAAAUAAGCCGUUCAGGGUGUCGACCGACCCCGUCAGCAUUCACCUGCCCCUCUCCAGGACGCUGGCCGGUCUUCACGUGCGCUUAAGCAGGAGGGGAGCUGUUUCCAGACUGCGGGAAUCCGUGCCUUCGGAGGAUCUCCGGGUGGAGCUGCUGGUCGAACAUCCGCUGCGCUGCCUGGUGCUGGUGGCCCAGGUCGGGGCCGAGAUGUGGCGGCGGAACGGGCUCUCUCUGAUCAGCCAGGUGUUCUAUUACCAAGAUGUCAAAUGCAGAGAGGAGAUGUACGAUAAAGACAUCAUCAUGCUUCAGAUUGGCGCCUCGAUGAUGGAUCCGGACCGUUUCCUCCUGCUGGUGCUCCAGCGAUACGAGCUCGUCGAUGUCUUCCAGAAGGCGGUGCCCACCAGAGACCAGGAUCAGAAGAAGCGGUAUAAAACGUUGAUAGAAGAGAUGCUGCAGGUGCUCAUCUACGUCGUGGGGGAGCGCUACGUGCCCGGAGUGGGCAACGUGACCGAGGAAGAGGUGGUCAUGCGAGAAAUCAUCCACCUGCUCUGCAUCGAGCCCAUGGCUCACAGUGCCAUCGCCAAGUCCCUGCCCGAGAACGAGAACAACGAAACCGGCUUGGAUCGGGUUAUCGACAGAGUGGCCGUCUUCAAGCGACCGGGGGUGUCGGGCCACGGAGUUUACGAGCUGAGGGACGAAGCCGCGAAGGAGUUCAACGUGUUCUUCUAUCACUAUUCCAAAACGCAGCACAGCAAGGCCGAACACACGCAGAAGAAAAAGAGAAAACAGGAAAACAGAGACGAAGCUCUCCCCCCGCCCCCGCCUCCGGAGUUCAGCCCCGCCUUUGCCGGCGUGGUUAACCUCCUGCACUGCGACGUGCUGAUGCACGUCCUCAGGACCGUCUUACAGCGGGCGGCGGACCCGGACGACAGCUCGUGGACGGAGGCCAUGAUCCAGAUGGUGCUUCACCUCCUCGCCCUGGGUCUGCUAGAAGAGAAGAGCCAACUCCAGAAGGCUCCGGAGGACGAAGUGACAUUUGACUUCUAUUUCAAGGCGUCGAGGAUGGGCAGUUCGGCCGAGAACGCCCUCAACAUCCAGAUGCUUCUGGAGCGACUCAGAGGGAUCCCCCAGUUAGAGGCUCAGAAAGACAUGAUCGCCUGGAUACUGCAGAUGUUCGACGCGGUGAAGCAGCUGAGAGAGAAAUCCGGCGCCACUCCGGGGCCGGUCUCGCCGGGAGCCGCCGCCGCCAGGGCCGCCGAGACCACUCAGGACAGAGAGAAGGCGGAGCGGAAGAGGAAGGCGGAGGCCGCCCGGCUGCACCGCCAGAAGAUCAUGGCCCAGAUGUCCGCCCUCCAGAAGAAUUUCAUCGAAACUCACAGGCUCCUGUACGAGAACACGGCGGAGACCCACCGGGGGCGCGAGGAGUCCGCGAUGGAGGCGGAGGGCGCAUCCGCCGUCGCCGCCGACUCCAGGAUCGCUCUGGGACCUGAGCGGGGUCCCUCCCUCGGUGAAGAGGAGGUGCUCACCUGUAUCCUGUGUCAGGAGGAACAGGAAGUGAGACUGGAGAACGCCGCCAUGGUGCUGUCGGCCUGCGUCCAGAAAUCCACCGCCCUAGCUCAGCGCCGGGGGAGGUCCCCGGGACCCUCGGCAGAAGUGCCGGAUCCCCUGUUCGUGGCCCCGGACCUGGCUUGCGGCGCCCACGUCGGAAGUUGCGGUCACGUGAUGCACGCUUCCUGCUGGCAGAAGUACUUCGAGGCCAUGCAGCUGAACUCUCGGCAGCGCCUUCACGUGGAGCUCUUCGACCUGGAGAGCGGAGAAUACCUCUGUCCCCUGUGCAAAUCGCUGUGCAACACCGUGAUCCCCAUCCUGCCGCUGCAGACCCAGAGGAUAAGCGGCGAGGACGCCGAGGCCGUCUCUCGGCUUCUCACCCCGGCGCGGUGGUUGGACGUCGUCACGGCCAGGAUAGCGGGCUACGAGGAGAAAAGCGCCGAAGGAGAACAACCUGAAGCGCCGCCCGGGGCUCAGCAAGGAGCCAGCGAUUCUACUUCGGAAUUCCACUCUAUCCUGAGCUUCGGGAUCCAGCCUGCAGCCAGGUACUCCAGCGGCAACAGGGAGAUGCUGGUUCUCUUCGCCACGACGAUCUACAGGGUCGGCCUGCAGGCGCCCCCCAGCGAGACGGAUCCCCGCAUCCCGGGGAUCGUGUGGAGCAGCUGCGCCUUCACCGUCCAGUGCCUCGAAAACCUCCUGGGAGACGAAGGGAAGCCUCUGUUCGGAGCCCUCCAGAACAGGCAGCACAGCGGUCUUAAAGCCUUGGUGCAGUUUACCGUGGCCCAGAGGAUCACCUCGCCGCCCGGCCUGAUACGGAAACAUCUGGUCCGCCUUCUCUCAGUGCUUCUUCCUAACCUGGAGGCAGACGACACCCCGUCCCUUCUGUCUGUGGAUCUGUUUCACGUUCUGGUAGGGGCCGUGUCCGCUUUUCCGUCUCUGUACCGGGAGGACGCCGUAGAUCUGCAGCCGUCGACGAUCAGCGCCUCUUACAAUCACCUCUACCUCUUCCACUUGGUGACCAUGGCCCACGUGCUCCAGAUACUUCUCACCGUCGAGACAGAUGGCUCCUCCGCUCAGACGCCGGACGACGGCGAAGAGGCGCGCUCGGCAUCCUCCUUCUGUCGAGAAGUCGCCCGGCGCACCGACGGCUGCUUCAGCGGGGACCUCGCCGGGGGGCAGCUGUGGGACCGUCUGAAGAGAGGCAUCACCCCCUUCCUGCGCUCGGCCGCUUUAUUUUUCCACUACCUCCUGGGAGUGUCGCCUCCUGAAGAAUUACUCGUGGUCUCCCAAGACGAAGAAUUCGGCGCGCUCUGUCGCUAUCUGUCUCUACCCACCAAUCUGUUCCUGCUCUUCCAGGAAUACGGGGAGACGGUCGAGCCCCUGCUCCACAGGUGGUGCACGGAUCCGGCCGUCCUGACGGUCCUGAAGGGGGAAGGCUCGCCGGCGGUCAGAUAUCCCCGGAAAAGAAAUACCCUGGUGGAUCUUCCGGAAGACUAUAGCCACCUUCUGAACCAGGCCUCUCAGUUCAGGUGCCCGCGGUCGUCCGACGACGAACGGAAGCACCCGGUCCUGUGUUUGUUCUGCGGAGCCAUGCUGUGUUCUCAGAACGCUUGCUGCCAGGAGACGGUGAACGGGGAGGAGAUCGGAGCCUGCGUCUUCCACGCGGCGCGCUGCGGAGCCGGUGUGGGUGUAUUCCUCAACAUCAGAGAGUGCAAAGUGAUCCUGAUCGAAGGGAAAGCCCGUGGCUGCUUGUACCCGGCCCCCUACCUGGAUGAAUACGGAGAAACCGACCCGGGCCUCAAGAGGGGCAAUCCCCUGCAUCUGUCCCGGGAGCGGUAUCGGAAGCUACACCUGCUCUGGCAGCAGCACUGCAUCGUCGAAGAGAUCGCCAGGAGCCAGGAGACCAAUCAGAUCUUGUUUGGAUUCAACUGGCAGCUGCUCUGAACGGCGGCGGCUUCCGAGGCCGGACGCGGCGCCCGGGACCGGGCGGAUUUCCGGGCCCGUUUCGUCCGGCCGGGUGAGGGCGCGACGGGCCCUCUCCCACCUCCGCUUCCGAUGUCCCCCGAGAACGCCGCCCGCUCGCCCCCGGGGCCUCGUCCCGGCGAAGCUCGCGUCCCCGAGGGACGGCGGCCCCUCGCCUGGAACCCGGACUCCGGGGCCGAGACCCCGCUCGUGGGUAAGGGAGUAGAUUCCCCGCUCCCGGCCGUCCCCCCCGGCGAUCGUCCAGACUUCCGGCUGAAUCGCGGCGUGGGUUCCCCGGGGAAGGCCCGAGGAGGCUCAUCUUAAAACGGACGGCCUCCUCGGAGAACGCGCCGAGGCCGGUUCCUCGCUGGGUUCCUCGUUCCGGCCAGCUCAGUUCGCCGCCUUUUUUUUUUUUUUUUCUUUUCCCCCCCAUCCGAGCCCGCUUCCGGCGAUCCCCGGCCGCAGCCUGGCACCGGGCCGGGAAGGAGACGGAGCGGAAGCUCCGUUUAACGUGCCCGGCGGAAGGAAGCAGAGGCACCGCCUCUCUUCCCCUCCGGGGAUCUCGAAGACUCUGCCGCCUUGCCGCUCACCCCAGUCGACGCUCGCCGCCCCUUGCCGGCGUGGGUGGGACUGGCCUUUCCAAAGCGGGCCUUAGGCACCGCGUCUUUCACUUGUCUGGGGUCUUCUCGGCUUUGCUUUUGGUUUUCGAAACCUGGGUCCUCCUCUUCAGCACGGUUAGAUUUGGACCGGCAGAAAUUCCUUUGCGCUGCUCUUGUUUCUCUUGAGAUCGCCCCCCCCCCCCCCCCGUAUCCUCCGGGGCCGGGUCAACAGCCCGGGCCUCCCGUCAGCCGCCGCCUCCGCGUGCCGCUGCGGUGGCUCGGGAUCUGCGGCGGCCUCGCCGAGAGAUGCAGCAGGGCGACUCCGAUACGAAAACCCCGCGGUGAAUCGAGAGCGGCCCGUGAGGAUCAGGAUCCCCCGACUCCGACCCGUCCGGCUCCGGGGCUACCACGGAUCCCGGCUACCACGAGAGCCGCUCGCCGGGCCGUCCGGCCCCGAGCCACCCGGUUGGGAGAUCCUAGCGCCCUUCCCUCGGAUCCUUCCGCGGAGGUCGUUCCGAGCUCUCGUUAGCGAAGCGGGAGAACCGAGGGCGACGGAAUUUCCGAACCCGGAUGAGGUCAUCCGUCGGACUCGGGGCCGAGCCGGGUUCCCGCCGGCUGGCCGCUCGCUAAACCGCAGCUCCCUGCCCUUCUCCCGGCCGCCUUGGGGAAUUGAAGAGGAUUUGAGAGGGAGGAGCGUCGGUGUCCUCCCGCUCCUCUCCCCGCCCCUUCCUCCCGGUCCGUGACGCUUCCCGCCCAGCGGCCCCCAGCAGCACAGCUCUUGCUCGGUCCUGGCUCUGGGUGCGAGCACGCAGGAGGAGUGGCCUCCCCCGCCCACCCUAGGUGUGGUCCUACGCCGUCCGGGCCGCCAUCUUGUAGGCGUAGAUGGCGGGCCGGAGGGAGGAGGGAUGGAGCGAAUGUGCCCGAGGGGGACCCGUGCUUUAAUACCCCCCCCCCCCCCCCCCGCUCGCCGUGCCUCGGUCUCAUCUCCCUCGCCGCCGAGCUUUUCCUGAGUCAAGGAGAAGGAAAAUGGACUCACUGGGUGGGAAGCUCUCAGUCGCAAAGGGUUUCUUCCUACCCGCGCAAUUCCACGGCCCAAUUUCUCAGGCGUCCCCGGGGUGCGGUCAGAGGAGGGAACGGUGCAAGUCGAGGUAGAAAAGGCUGAGAUGACGGUGAACCUUCGCCCGGGGGCCGAGUCCACCCGGCUGCCAGGGAAAGGCGGGUUCUCCGCGGGGGCGGCUCCGAAUUUACCACCGAGCCCGUUGGGCACGGAAGACCGUGGAUUGAGCCCGCCGGAGACACCGGCAGAGGUCCGCGCGUGCUCCCGAAGGGACGAGCCGGGAGACCUCUUCACGGGCGAGCCCGAGAACGCCGAGAGGUUUCACCGGGCCGAGAAGGAAAAACCUUCCCCGUAAUGACUCUCGGACCAACGGGAGGGACGGGGGCCUCAUCGGAUCAGGCCACCGAGGUGAGCCCGCACCCAGGGCGGAGCCCGGGCGUUUCCAUUUUCACUAGAGCUCGGUGGGG